AGGGCAGGGCUCUCCUCAUGGAGAGCCUCAGGGCUCUCUCGGGGCCGGCGUGCUGUGAUGGAACUGGGGCUGGGCAGGUUGGGGCUGCCCGCUGCUCCCCACUCCUGACUCUGGGUGGGGACGGAAGGCCGAGGGAGGCUCCUGGCACCUGGAGCGCAGGAAUCUCAGACAUGCAGUCCUUAGCCCGCUUCCAAAACCCAGGCCCUCCUCCCCAGGGCCGAGAGACUGGGAGGGGCCCCAAUCCAGGCUCCAGGAUGGUCUGGCUGGCAUCUGGGGGUACAGUGGCCCCUCUCCCAUGACGCUGGCAGUGGGGCUGGGCGCUGGCCUGUCUCCCACCAGAGCCUCCCAGCUACUCCCUGCUGCGGGCUGGACUGGGAGGAAAGGGGUGGGGUGUGCUUGCAUGCGUAGGUCUUUCCUGCCCCUGGGGCAGCCUGAUUAACCAGCUUCUCAGGGCCAAGGUGUUGGGGGUGGGGUGCAGCCCGAGGCAGCCAGACCAGUCCCUGAGCCUCCUGGGUGCUGGCAGUGUCAUGGGGCUCCCCCAGGGGCACCCUCACCUAGGGCUACAGGUGCUCCUCACGGCGCUCAACUGUCUCCGGCCCAGCCUGAGCCUGGAGCUGGUCCCCUACAUGCCGCAAAUAACAGCCUGGGACCUGGAAGGGAAGGUCACGGCCACCACCUUCUCCCUGGAGCAGCCUCGCUGUGUCUUCGAUGAGCAUGCCAGUACCAGCGACACAGUCUGGCUUGUGGUAGCCUUCAGCAAUGCCUCCAGGGGCUUCCAGAACCCAGAGACACUGGCUAACAUCCCAGCCUUCCCACGGCUGCUGACUGAUGGCCACUACAUGACACUGCCCCUGUCCCUGGACCGGCUGCCCUGUGACGACCUCACAGUGGGCAGUGGAGGCAUCCCCGUGCUGCGGGUGGGCCAUGAUCACAGCUGCCACCAACAGCCCUUCUGCAACCCGCCCCUCCCUGGCCCUGGACCCUAUUGCGUGAAGUUCCUCCUGAUGGACACCAGGGGCUCACCCAAGGCCGAGACCAAGUGGUCGGACCCCAUCACUCUCCACCAAGGGAAGACCCCCGGUUCCAUCGACACCUGGCCAGGGCGAAGAAGUGGUGGCAUGAUCGUCAUUACCUCCAUCCUCUCUUCUCUGACCGGCCUCCUGCUCUUGGCCUUCUUGGCAGCCUCCACCGCACGCUUCUCCAGUUUGUGGUGGCCACAGGAGGCCCCGGAGCAGCUUCGGAUCGGCUCCUUCAUGGGGAAACGCUACAUGACCCACCACAUCCCGCCCAGCGAGGCUGCCACACUGCCGGUGGGCUGCGAGCCUGGCCUGGACCCCCUCCCCAGCCUCAGCCCCUAGCCUGGCCUCUGUGUGUGGGGCUGGGGGCAGUGGGGCGCAGGGAGCCAGUGCAUGGUGCCCUGUCCCAGCUCUUGCACCCACAGGCCCCCUCAGGCCUCCUUGCCUUCCCGCCACCAGCCGGCAUGCCCCCUACCCUGUCUGGAAUCCCAGCACCAGCCCCCCUGCCUCUGCCUUUCUGGUUUCUCUCCCUCUCCAAGCAUCUGUAAGUUGCACUCAGGAGGGUUUAGGGGAGGGCCAUGGGCAGGCUGGACACCCAGUCCCCAUGUCCCUCCCCACCUCUGUCUCACCUGACCUCCUGCAAGGGAGGCUGGAGGCUGUGUGGACACGCUGCCCUGAUUGCAAGCUUCCAGACCCCAGGAGGAGGCAGAGGGCCUUGCUUUGCCCUGGUGCAGGGAGCUGGGCCCAUUCCAAGGUCUAUGAGGCCUGAGCCACCCUCCAUACCCCGUUCCACCCAUCAGUGGCUGGGCCGAGGUGAGGACUCAGAGGCAUCUCCACAGCCCUGAUCAUGGCACCUUUCUGAGAGUGGGACUCUCCAUAGCCAUCUGACUACCAAUUCCGGCCGCCACCUCCAACCCUCUUACGCAUACAAAUGGCUCUCACCCUUAUCCACCCCAGUAAGCAUUUAUUAAGCACCUGCUGUAUGCCACAUACAGUGUUAGACUUCGGGCAUAGCUGGUCCUGACAUUGGGGAGCUGCCUUCUCUAGACCUGAGACGACCACGUGUCCAGAUGUGACCUGUUCCGUCGGGGGUCUGUCCCGCCCUUAGACUGUCACCCCAGUAGGCUCUCCGGGACCCAUGAGCGUCCAUCACCUGGAAGGACCGACCCUCUGCAGAUCCCCCAGCGUCCGUCUGUACACACGGCCAAUGGUUCCCAUCGUCGCCACUCGGGGGCGCCAGUGAGCCACAGUGAGGGCGUCUCAAGGCCAGUGCGCAUGCGCACUCAUAUUCGCUGCCUCUCCCUCCCGACUCCCAAGCGACCAGAAGCCAGUAGCAGAUGUCAGGCAGCGGGGUCGGUGGAGGUCAGGACCCCAGGCCUCCUUCCUCCAAGCCAGAGGGAUGAGCAGUCACGCCUGAGAGCCCACUGCGUGCCAUGCAGUCCGCACAGCCGCAGCGAUUUUCUAGAUAGGGAAGCUGAGGCUCAGUCACUUGCCCGUUGCACUCUGUCCAUGGCCGCUGCACACGCCCGUGGGGUGCGCUCCGGAGCCCUCUGGGGGACCACGGUUCCCGGCAUGCAGGCCCCGCCCGCGGAGGGCGCUCGGUGGUGACCCUCGGGCUGCAGCCCUCUUUGGAGGUGAAUAAACACGGUCUGGAGCC